UACCCACACACCCCCUUUCCUCUCCCCCUUCCUUCUCCAAUCAGCUUCUCCAGUUCUCUACCUCGCCAUUGAACGAGCAAUCUCCAAUAGCUUCUCAGCUCACCCUGAUCAUCCCAGAAGAUCAAGCGCUCCAUUCAGUAAUUUUUUAUCCAAGAGGACUCUGAAAAAGAAAAGAUGGCAGAGCGUUCAGAGAACGCGUCGGGGGACAUGAUGAGCAACAUCAUGGAGGCCAUCGCCGAGAACCUCCCCAACAAGAAGUCGGUCAAGUUCGACGACGGCGAGGGCUCCAUCUCCGACCAGGCCAGGAAGCUGUUCGGCGGCGGCGGCGGCGGCCAGGGCAACAAGAAGUCUCUCCACCACUUCUUUGGCGGCGGGAAGUCCGCCGACGUGCUGCUGUGGCGGAACAAGAAGAUCUCGUCGAGCGUGCUGGGCGUGGCGACGCUGGUGUGGGUCUUCUUCGAGUGGCUCGACUACCACUUCCUGACCAUCGUCAGCUUCGCGAUCGUGGUCGGCAUGGCCGCGCAGUUCGGCUGGUCCAUGUUCGCCUCGAACCCGCCCCGCGUCGAGCUGCCGGAGGAGCUGUUCGCGAACGCCGGCAAGGCCGCCGGCGCCCAGGUGAACAAGGCCCUGGGCAUGCUCCAGGACAUUUCCUGUGGGAGAGACCUGAGGCGGUUCCUCAUAGUGAUCGCCGCGCUCUUCGCGGCCGCGAUCGUCGGGAGCUUCUGCAACUUUCUGACCGUCAUCUACAUCGGGUUCGUGAGCGCGCACACUCUGCCGGUGCUGUACGAGAAGUACCAGGACCAGGUGGAUGAUUUCUUCUACAACAUGCUGGGCCUGCUCCAGAACCAGUACCAGAAGCUCGGCAAUGGCGUCCGCAGCAAGGGCAAGUUCAGGAAGAGCGACUAGUUCGAUUCGAUUUGUAUACAAGUAUAUAUACAUGUACAGUAUUUGUACGCCUGUCCUAGCAGAUCGCCUCAUGGCAUGUAAUCUGGCAUAAUUCCAGCAUCUCAGCACUGAUUUCCUCAGCAGAGAGUGUCUGUCAAACUCGAUGUUCUGUACAGUUGAUCAUCAACUACUUUUACAAUGCAAUAAGCCAAUAGUGCUUAGCUUCGGACUC